UAGUCUGCUACGGCAGUUGUCAGCGGUGCACUGUCACUACCUUCUAAUUUCCUUCUUCUCCCUUAGUACAUCAUUUUACCAUAAGCGCUACGUCUUUCUUUCGGAUUCUCGUGAGUUUGUACAUAAGUAGAGAGUGUGUUCGAAGUGUGUCGUUGUGUCAAGCUUCUAUUCUGCCGUCCGGAAACAGUGCAAGUGUCUUAAGAUGUGUCGUGGUGCAAAUGUUGUCACACUCAAAAGUGCCUAGUUACCUCAGUGAUCAAGGCUAAGGGCUGCAUGUUUUCUACGACAGCCCCACGUCACUCUACAAGCAGCUCUCCUCAUCCCCCCAAGGCGUGCAGGGUGUACAGUGACUGGGCGUCGCGGCCGGCUCACUAAAUAUAGAGCUGGCAAGCGGAGGCUCCGGCUGGUGCUGCUCCCUCUUCUGCUGGCGGACACUGGCGCUGCCCCGCCCCCGCUGCCCCACUUCCCUCCCCACCAUCGCCGCCGCUGCUGCGCCACACCGAGGCUCAACACCUGCCCCGCCUUGCUCCUCAAAGAUGAAUUCACCAAGGAAUCAUCCGCAGAUGACCUUCCACCACCCUUUACGAGCCUGACUGCCACCAUCUGAGGAACCCUUGGCCCGGCGGGUCACCGCGCAACCAAGGCUCCGGCAGUGGGGGCCGCGCAGUGUGCCAUUGCAAGGCAGGUGCCAUAGUACCACAGUGAGUGAGUGUGAGCGCCACUUGGCAGUAGUGUCGCCAGUGUGCAGUGGGACCGUUUUCGGCGAAGUGAGACAGUGCAAGUGAUGGUGUAGGAACCAUGCCCGUGCCGCCAUCCUCGCCCUCCGUGGGCACCAGGUACUCUACCUACAACUCUUACCGUCCGUCCUCGUCCUCGUACUUGGGGCGCACCACCUCCCUUGACCGCACCCCGUUCACCCCGAGCAGCAGCGCCUAUGGAGGUUCGUACUCCACCAGCUCUUACUCCGGCUACAGCAGCUACGCCAGCAAGUAUUCACUUCCACCGCGGCCCUCCUACUCGUCGUCGUCGGACACCUUUCGCAGCAGCCGCAGUCUGCGUCAGUCCCCGGCGAGGCCAUCCUACUCGAGAAUCAGCUCCGAUUCGCAUCUGGAAUCGUCGUCGCCGUCGUCGUCAUCGUCGUCAACUUCGCGAUACACAUCGCGCUAUUUACGAGAUUCAUCUACUUCGCGAGACUCGGGGUACGGAUCUCGUGUGACUUCGCGAGACCGUUCGGUCGACUAUGUCAACGGUAACUCCUAUGAUACAAGUCACUUUGGGGCAUCGCCUUCAUCCUACGCCGCCAACUAUCGCUGGGAAUCCCGCGACAAAGACAAGACGGAAGAAAACGACAGCGCCAGUCAAAAUGGCGACGCUGAAAAGGUAAGAAUAAGUGACCGAAUCCGAGCCUUUGAGACUCGCACUCCUGCCAGGGAGAACGGCUUGGGCCUUCUGGCUGGGCGGGAAACUCUGACCUCCUCCCGGGAACCCUUUAGCGGAUCAAGUCGUUAUUUGUCAGGGCGGGAUAGCAGCGUAACCCGCCGCCGUGGUGCUACCCUCUCCACCGACACCUCCCGCUCCCCAUCCGCCCAUAAGAGUUCCUCGGAGAGCACGCUAAGAGAGAGUCGCGAUGGCAGCACGAGCAGCAGUAGCAAGAACGAGGGCUCUGAAGGGAGGCGGCCCUCGGUGACGGAACUGUGCAGGAAGUACGACACCAACCACAACGUGACCAACGGUGUGGCACGGCAGGAGGACGAUGGCGAGGGCAGCGACGGCAGCGGGUACUCGGGUGAUGUGGCGUCCCUCCUCUCUUCCACUCGCAAGCGUGCUGAUGCCUCCUCCAUCCUUGACCGAACGGACUCCCCUACCGCCCUCCACCGCCUCGAGUCCUCAACCAGCAUCCGUGUCAACUCUCCCUCGUCACUGCGUAAAGACUCCCCUGCCAAGAACCGCCUGGAGUCUCCUGUUCGUUAUCGUCGGGAGUCCCCCAGCAGGAGGCGAGUGGACUCCUCCGGCGAGCGAGAUGGCCGCACCUCCCCCCUCGUCAACGGUGUGCUAGAUAAGCCCAAGUUGCGUGGGGAGGCAGAAGCCGCUUACGACGGGACCCGAAGUCGGUAUCGAAGAGACCGAGUGAAGGAGCGAGUGGCGGCGAGGCUGAACAAGGAGUUUGAGGAUGAAGAAAGUCCCCGGCGCCACCAGUCAUCCUACGGCAGCAUCUCAUCCUCAGGUGUCCUAAGUGAGAACAAUGGGCUAGUGGGGCUCAGAAAUAUAGGAAACACAUGUUUCAUGAACAGUGUCACGCAGUGUCUCAGCAAUACACGAUGUUUGCUGGAGUAUUUGGUGAGGGAUGGCUACUCUUCAGACAUCAACACCACCAUAUCCACCAUGAAGGGUGACCUUGUGCGUGCCUUUGCCAACCUGUUGUCUGAUAUGUGGAAUGAAGGAGGAGACAGCAGCAGAGCCCUCAACACAGGACCCUUCAAGGGACAGAUCCAGAGGUUUGCACCAGCCUUCUCAGGGUACCAACAGCAUGAUGCUCAAGAAUUCCUACGCAAGUUGCUGGAGGGUUUACAUGAAGAUGUUAAUAGAGUAACUGCCAAGCCAAAGCCCAUUACAGAAGAUAUAGAUGAUGACCUUGGUGACAAUCAAAAGGCGAUGGAGUCAUGGAAGCGAUAUCUCCGAUACGAUGAUAGUAAAAUCGUCGAUAUGUUCGUCGGCCAGUUAAAGUCAAGUCUCCAGUGCUCUGUGUGUGGGCAUUGUUCGGUAACUUUUGAUCCAUUCUGGGACUUGAGUCUGCCCAUUCCCAGUAAAUCAGGACAAGUGAGGCUCUCCCAGUGCCUUGACCUUUUCACCAAGGAGGAGGUGCUGGAUGGGGAUGAGAGACCUACUUGUUCAAAAUGUAAAGAAAGAAGAAAAAUGACGAAGACCUUCAGCAUCCAGAAAUUCCCCAAAGUCCUCGUCCUACAUCUUAAACGGUUUUCCCCUCUUGAACGAUGGCGGGGCAAGCUAUCAUGCACGGUGGAGUUUCCUCUGGAAGGUCUGGAUCUGUCCAAGUUUGCCUCAAGCUCCAGCACCUCUCCGUACUACAACCUGAUUGGGGUUGCCAACCACUCAGGAACUACUUACUCAGGCCAUUACACAGCCUACUGCAAACACCCCUACUCUGGUAGCUGGCAUGAGUACAAUGACUCAAGAGUGUCCAGUAUUUCUCCAGGGAGAGUGUGUAGCCCCGAGGCAUAUGUGCUCUUCUAUGAAAUAUCAUCUACUUCCUCCAAGUUGUAAUAUCAGAAAUUGACCACCUCAGAUGGUACUUACAUAUUUAAGCUUCAGUUUUGGUUAUGCAAGGGAUUUUAUCCAAGAGUCUGCUCAAAAGUAAAACUGGAAGUGAAACAUGAAUGAAUCUGUCUUGUGAUGUAACAAAUGUAAAUGUAUUGAAAGCUAUAUAUUUCAUAAAAGUUAUGCAACUUAAACUGUAAAGGUUGUACUACCUCAUGUGAGGCAAACCAAAGUGCUUAAUAAGAAGUGCUAUCAACAUACUGUUUUGAUAAGUUUAUGUUGCCCUUGAGUCAUCCAGUAAUAUCUCUUAUAAGUGUCAGUUAAGAACCAGUAAGUUUUGUUAAUUAUUAAACCUGUAAAUAACAUGAAUUUCAAUGCUUUUAUCUAAACGUUGAGUUUGUACAGAACUUUUAUUGUAUAUUGUCUUUGUUUCCAGAAGAUAUUUUAAUUUACACUGCUUUUUUUUUCUCCAUAGCAGUUGUAAAAAUAAUAUUUAAAUAUGAGGUAUUAAUACUUAUUUGACAAUUAGUAAAUGUUACUUUAAACUGUCUUUUAGACAAAAAAUCUUUCUUUGCUUCUCUGGCAGAUAUCAAAUAUAUUUUAUUGUUAAUACAUACAUAGAAAGUAUUAUCUAUAUAUCCAUGUAAUUAGGCAAAUGUAAUUUUCUUAUCUGUAAAGAGAACAUAUUGGUUAUGAGGGAAAAAAAAACUUAGAUUAAAUCAUAUAGAAUAAAUGGCAAUCAGGAGGAACACUGUAUUUAUACUGGUUGCCCAAAUUUGCUCAAUUCACCUCUUUCACGCAGAAAUGUAGCUAUUUUGCAUGCUAAAAGAUGAUGAUACAACUGAACUAUGUAUAAGAGGUCUAGUAGGAUAACCUAAGAGCAAUUUUACUUCAGGCAUUGCUGGAGACUUUGAAAUUAGUGGUGAAAUAGGUCUUUCAGCUCUUAAAAGUAGUACCAAGUACUAAAUAUUAUUUGCGAGAAGAGACUGCUUUAUCAAUACAGUUUUUGCAUUUCAGCUCCCCAAACAUUAUUAUGCAACAGCUUAUGCACACCCAAGGUUUUUGUGAUGUGUGAAUGGAUGAAAGUUUAUAAAUAGUCACAUCAUAUUUCAUAUGAAUAAAAGUACACAUGAAAAUAGAUUGUAAAUUAGCGUGGAAUAUAUUUUGUACUUACAGCAUGGAUACUGGUAAAUUUAUUGCAUGAUAGUCAUGUAUUAGGCAAUAUAGAGAGUAUUACUUAUAAAUAUCAUCUCCCGAGUACUGUACUGAUUAACCCACUGUGAUAGUAACUGGACAGAGACUGUUAGUUGAUGGUUUAUUGACUACAAUAGGAUGGGGACAUUGUUAUCUUUAUAUUUGUAGAUAAAGCUGGACUUAAAUGAUUUUGCCACAUGUUAAUAUGAAACUAGUUUUGUGUUGUUAUGCUAAAACAUUUCAAAGAAGUAUUUUUGAAGGGUCCAAAGGGUGCUACCUCUCUUUUAGCCAAAACCUGAGUAACAUCCAGCUGUGUUUACAUACACAUACCAUAGCCUGUCACAAAGUUCCAGCUCAUUCAGUGUUAAUGAACUUGCAUGGUCCAAUCCAGGCAACUUUUUUUUCCCAACUGACAAUUUCAAUUAAUCAUUUACUUUGCUUUCAUAAUACCUCAAACAAGACCCUAACAGCAUUCAGCAUUGUCAGUAAAUGGAAUCUAACCAAAGUGAUAUUGUGCACAAUGAAUAUAUCAACAUCUAGCAUGUAUGUGCAUCAGCAUCACCCUGUAAACUUUUUCAUUUGAUCUCUGCUUUCUCUUUUGUCACAAACAUGCUAUGUCCACCCCUCUGUCUCACCUCAACAUGAAAAAGAAACUCCAGGUUCCUUGUACACAGCACUGUCUGAUACUACUUUUACAUACAAAUGUACGCAAUAAUGUGAUCGAUAAGCUUUGACACGUGUCUGAUACUCGGGAGAUUAUUCAACAUAUGCAUUUGUGUAUAGAGAUAGUGUGUACAUUUAUUUCAUGAUGUAUGUUUCAGAUAUGUUGAUCAGUUUCUAGUCAUGUACCGAAAAUGUGCACUCAUAGAGCUAAAGAGAAUAGAGCUGUAAUGUACAAUAACAUGGUGCCUUCGAGUCUGUUGAACUGCACUGUGGCACUGUGAUCAUUUUAGGUCAUGUCAUGCUUAUUUGUUUAUGUAUUUUAGCAAGUGAAUGCAUAAUGACGAGUAUCACAUGCAUCACAAACAAAAAUGUUUUGAAGUCUCUGUUAAGAAAUAUGUUAUGAUUCCCUGUGAAAGAUCCCAUUUAAAAAGUGAGACAUUCUGCAAUUUGCCAAUAAAACAAACAACAGUUUAUUAUAUAUGAUGCAUAAUGAUGACCAUAUGAAAAGAAAUGUGUAAAUUUUUACUAGGAGACAAAUAUUGGUUACUGGCAUUACGAUGUUUAGCAACCAAAACUUUUACCCAAUUCAUGUUUAUUUUGUCUCACAUUUUAGUGAGACAAAAAAAAAAAUUAGCACAAUGAAAAAAUUAUCCAUGAA